AUGAAUUUGCCUCCCCUUUUUUGUCUUUUCUUCUUUGCCUCAUGGCCCUCCCUUGUUUUUUCUGUUUCCGACCCCGGCGCCCCCCCCCCAUCCCUUUCCUCUUCACACCUACGAGGCCAAAGUGACCCUCAUGAAACGCACACUCCUGGGGUGUCCCUACCCCCUGAUGCUCCAAAUGCGGUCUACAAUAAUACCCCGAGCCCUUCUUCCAGUAUGUCAACGGAAGUCGCCGAAGACUACGAAGAAAUGCGCACCCGAGCCGUCCUGCGAGCUGCACAGCCGCCUGCCCUGUGGUUACACUCCCUCGACUCGCUCAGAUGCGCGGGAGAGGGGUCACUUGCUUCAGAAAGAGAGAGCACAGAUGGACCUGAAAUCUAUGAAGGUGCUUCAGCCGCAGCGAAGGCAGCAACUGCGCCGCUUUCGACAGGUAGCAGCUGCGAGGGGCCAGAUGCGUGGCGCAGAGCGACCGAUGGAUCAAGUGGUGUUUUUUUCAUCGCAAUGGGCGACAGUGGAAAGCUCUCCAAACAUUUAGAACAGGUAGUUGCGCGGCUUGCGGCCGUCUGCUCAGUGGUUCCCGUGUCUUUCAUUUCCUUACUCGGCGACAAUUUUUAUCCUAAUGGCAUAAGCAGCUCGCAAGACCCCCUCUUUUCGUCGCAUUUCGAGGAGCCCUUCAAUCAUCCGUCCCUCCAGAGGGUGGCGUUCUUUCCUAUUCUGGGGAAUCAUGACUACAAAAAUUCUCCCGACGGGCAAGUCGAGCGAUACUACUCCGCGUGUGGCAGCUGCAAACAGCAAGAGGACUGGAAUUCUGCCCUCGUGCGUUGGAGAAUUCCGAACUUGUGGUACUUCACGCGCUUCGUGUAUUCUGAUGCUCCUAUGGAUCUCUCGGGGUCUCCUCGAGUUGCCAAUGCGGCGCAUAUCCAAAGGCAUCAGUUUGAGGCGACACCCACCAGGAGGGCCAUGACAGUCGUCAACAUUCAUGUUGACUCCAACAUCUUACUGAGUACGCUCCCUCUGAAGGAGGCGCAUAUAAAAUUCCUGGAGGAUGUACUACAGUCAGCCAUCAUCGAGGCGGAUUGGAUAUUCGUGCAUCAGCAUCAUCCCCUUUUUACAGAUGGAUCGCCACGCCGCAAUAAUAAAUCCUUCCAGGAUUUGCUGUUUCCACUCUACCUGCGCUUUGGAGUAGAUGCUGUCUUCGCCGGGCAUGAGCAUCUCCUCUCGCAAUUUGAGCUGUCGGGUCCGGAGAUGCUUGGAGGGCCUCUCGUUCAGGUGAUUAGCGGUGCAGCAUCGAAGCUGCAUCGGAAAGCGUCUUAUUGCUGCGUCAAGGGAGCGUUCCCCGACUGCCCCGAUGGCGAGAAGGCCUGUACGAGCAGCAACUGUUUACUUCAGAAGUCAACGCCUGGUGUCGUGUUGGUGGAGUUGUCUGUCAGCGAAAUGAAGCUGCAGUUUGUAGAGGCGGAAACAGGCAAUGUGAUCAGACAAUCAGUGCACGCGUCGAAGAAGGCUGCGCGGCAAGCCUUUCUCGCUGCGCAGGCAAACAAAAACGCAGCACAUCGGGGUCGCAUAGCGGCUGCUGCAUCGGCGGAUGCGCAGCGAAGCGCUUGGGACGGCGAAGUGGGUUCUGCUUUUUCUCUGGUUUUAAGCAGGCUUGCUGGUGCUGUGCGAGGAAAGCAAGAUUGCCCUUUUUUAAUUUCACUGCGACAAACGCAAACGUGGAAGAAGGGCUGGCAGGCAGGCGUACCUCCCCAAGUGUCGUUGGGACCUCAUGUUGUUCCCGUGAAGGCGACGUGGAAGAUGCAGAAAUGA